UAUUAUAUAAGCGAAAUCCAGUGAUUAUUAAGUUUUUCUAGUUUCGAGAGAAUUUUGUCUUGCUUUUGCCACAGCCUUGCGUUUGUUAAAACACCAAAAUGAAAAAUUUUCACUUUCAAAUUGUUAUUAUAACUUAUGAUUAUAUAAUAGUGUAGGAUAUAAUGUGGUAUGCAUAUGUAUGUAUAUGAUCCGAUUUCCAUAGACCUAGAGACAGACAGUGUCCACGCCAUAAUAUACGUUAGUAGAUAUACAUAUAUAUCUUUUUGUGACGAUAUAUAUGAUAUAUCGGCAAAUACGUAUCUAUAUAUAGUCAAAUACAUAUCUAUAUAUCGUCAAACAGAGCAUAUUUAAUAUAUAUUUAUAUAUACGGAGACAGCUAGGUACAGGCAGUGAUUGACAGAGAGACAGAGAAGAGAAGAGAAAAUGCCAGGAUAUAAUGGUGAAGCCCGGACCAGGGCAGAAGGGGCCAGCGACACGAAGAAGGCGGUGGGGUCCUGGGUGGGCAGUCUCUGGGAGAGGGGGAAAGAGCAAGAGACAUCCCGGCGAAACAGCCAAAGCGAUGAUCAGCAGGCCCAGCAUCGGAGGACGUGGGGACCCGGUGAGGUCAAUGAUCAUGAUGGAGCAGGGAGAGUAGUAGUCGGGAAUGUGCAGACGGAGAAGGAUGUUUUGGUGCUGACUCUUGAUGAUGUAUGGAACGCUCUGUGGGAGGGAAGGCAAGGGCUUGGGGGAAAGAAGACGGAGGUCAUACCGGAUUUCAACAGCGACAGCAGUGGGAGUGAUGUUGCGGUCUUAGGUGCUGCAGCAACGAUAUGGAGAGGGAAGGUACGGUCAUCUGGGGAUCGCUGUGAUCUGAAGCCUGUUGAUCCCGCCUCUCUAGAUCGAAAGCCAGGGCAAGUGCAGUUUCAGGAGGAAGAAGCGCAAGGGUACUUUGAGGCGCAGGCGGAAGCAGCAGCUGCAGCGAGAGCAGCAGAUUCUGAAGCAGGAGGCAAUCAGGCCGAGCCUGUCAAGGGGGGGGGGAUGGGAAUGAGCUGGUUUGGUGGAACUGGUACAGGGGCUAGGGGCCAACAAGUGGCACCAGUUCCCUACUACGGACCACUAACCACCGCCGAGGUGACAGAUCCAAGCAUGGGAUCCCCACAGGAAACCACCGAUGUUCGAGUAGUGAAAGCUAUGGACCCUGUGUGGUUUGGCAUACCAUCUUUCAAGGAGCCCAAGCACCCGAAUGCUGCGAAGAGAACCCGGCGAGAUCUGAGAAAGCCGGCGAUGAAGGUAGGUUACCGCAAUUCGACAAGUGGAAGCAGUAGGAGAGGGAUGGGUGAGGGUCAGAUAUGGCAGUGUGCGCAUGUUGACGAAAACCUGGGGAAGUCAGGGGUUAGAGCGAAGAGAAAAGCUAGGAGGAGGGAGCAGGUUGGCCAUGGAGUUGGCGGUCUACCCGCUUGGGAGGAGGAGGGGGAAGACGCACAAACUGCCCAUCGGAGGAAAAGAUCCGCCAUAGCCAUGGGCGAUGAGGUAAUCAGCUCGACGUCCGGCUCUCAAGAUGGCGAGGAGGACGGCAGUGACGACCAGGUGACCGAAGACUUGUCUGUGUCAUUGGCGGAAAAACGGUUUGCAUCCAUCACUGAUGAGCCGAACCGAGCUGACGAUGACACGAUAAUGAGAGAUGUUUCCGAUUAUGUCAACGAAAAUGGCACCGGCGGAGUGAUCCUGCUAACAGCAGUUGCUACGCCAAUGGAAGAAAUCGGUCACAGGAAGCGAAGCGUGGCAGCUCGUCCGCUUCUGCUGCCAGUCUGUGACCGCCUUGUAGAGGGAGAAAAUUCAACUGGGAGACCUGCCAGGUAUGUGGAGGGAGAUGGGAGGGGAGAGAGGGAGGGAGGGAAAGGUAAGCAGGAUGCCGUGGAGGAGGAGGAAGAGGAGAAGGAGCAGGGGCAGGAAGGUCUGAAAGAAUGGAAAGCGGACUCCUUAUUGAUCAGAAGACGAGCCAUGCGAGCGGGAGGCGAAUGUCACCUUCCCGGCCAAAUGGUCGCAGGCGAACUGGUCGAGGGAAAGAAGCACCAGCUCACGAGAAAUCCAGGCCUUGUCAGUUGCCAGAAGGAAGGGACCGGUCGGGGGAGAAUAGAAAGGGCGGCGAAUGGAGGAAGGGGAGAUGGACAGGAGGACGGUGGUAAGGGGGGUAAUACUAGUCCCGCACAGGAUGGGGUGCAGAGAACCCGCACAAUCAAAGACCUGUGGGGAGAAGAUCAUGGGAGCCUGACUUUCGGCGGAAUUGCUGCGAUAGGUUUGACUGUGGUAAAAGAGGAGAAACGGAUUGCUGUAAAAGAGGACGGAAUGGAGAGAAAGAUGGUGAACAUAGCAGAAGGAAGGGAGCUCGUGGCAGAGGAAUUGAGUGUUCGGAGGUUGGCGACAACUCCGGAGAUGGCAUCAACAGUACUGGUGAAGACAGCGACACCCAUCAAUCUUGAAAGUUGCGAGUUCACGGGGCAGAAGGGGGACACUCGAAAGGGAGGAAAAUGUCCAAGGGAGACGGACAGGGACUUGAGCACGGGGAUAGACUGCCGAACUGUCAGUGGGAGUAGCAGUUCGGUCCGGACACUGCCGUACUCAGAGCCACAGGAUGUUUACAAUUUGCCUGAUGGUAGUGGAGCGAGCCAAGUAAUGACCAAGUAUAUGAUGCCAGCAUUGGAUCUAGAGACUGCUCUUAAAAUGCAGAAAUUCCUCGUGAAAGGUGCCACAUUCACAAAGAUUUGCAGUGGGGGUAAGCGCACCAAGCGAUACGUCUGGAUCUCGGAGUCGCUGGAUUUCAUCUACUGGGCCAAAUUAAAGAAAUGGUGGAGGGUGAGGCAAAUGCCUGUGCAUUCUGUUGUCAAAGUCUCUUGUGGUCGGGUUUUGAAGCACUCCAAUACGGAUCUGCUGCUGACAGUUGUUGGCCCUGCUAGCAAGAAUCUUGACCUUGAGGUUUCUUCUGAAGGGAAUGGAUACACAAGGGAUGAAUGGGCGCGUUUCUUCCAUUGGCUGAUCUACAACAGGCGUCGUGCGGACAAUACAUCAGGAGUCCAGCGCCCAGAGCCAGAAAAAACGAUAAGCCGAUGUCUUCUCUGUCCCAAGUUCUAAGUCCUUACCUACCUCAACAUUUUUGGGGGGCGACUGCUGUUACCUUAUAGUUCGUCAGUUUAGGUAAGUCGAAGACUGCUACCCGACCUCUCUAUGCAUGCUAUGGGCAUAAUACAGGCAUGCAAUAGUAUUCCCAUCCUCUGUACAUCCCAUGCUGAUUAGACAGAUCACUUGCAACAGCAGCCUAAGUGAUGGCUGAUGAAUAGCUUUACCUGCAAACAGCGAAUCUGCACCAUUGCUUAUGUCUACCGCACAUCGGAAUGGGGUAGAGAAUCUCAAACUGACGGCUGUACCUAUUUUCCUGAUAAGAUGAGUAGUACUGGUGCUGAGUAUGUGCUUCCUUCACGGCUUCCUUAGAUGGAGAUGAAUCCACGGCCCACGUUCUGUUAGCUACAGUGCUGUUUGCACAGCACCUGUACUCAGAGAGGGACCGGUUACGGUGAAAGCCUCCAUAGAAAUUGGGUUUUUUCGAGGGGUAUGCUUCAAGCUCUGGGAUUCAGGCCAAGGCUUUGUGGGAAUUGGACCAUUUGGCAUUUUUGGAGUUCUGGGGGAAAACCUCAGAAGUGCGAACUGAUGUCCGCCCGCAUGUAGUGCCUGUAGUUGGCAUUCACCGACAGCUGAAUUGAGGAAGAAAGAAUCUCAGAGUCUAGCUGUCCAGAGGUUCUGCCUGUGAAAUUUAUUGUCACUGCGUCUACUUGCGGAUUCUCUUCACCCUCUCAGGUAAUCCAUAUACAUACUAGUUGAGUCUCUGGUUAACCUCCAAUUCGUUUCUAUGUAUUUUCCACAAUCUGAUCUCAGGACAGCAAGUGACGUGCUGCUUGGAUGAGUUCAGGAAUAGAUAGAUACAUAGGUGCAUAUGUACAUAGAUACAUACAUAGAGAGAGAGAGAGGGAGAGAGAGAGAGAGAGAGAGAGAGAGAGAGAGAGAGAGAGAGAGAGAGAGAAGGAGCUAGCUAGAUAGAUAGAUAGAUAGAUAGAUAGAUAGAUAGAUAGACAGAUAGAUAGACAGAUAGACAGAUAGAUAGAUAAAUAGACCAGGUUAGACAUUGUCUACAGAGAGGUUGAAAGCUCGCUAUUGGAAUACUGUUGCAAUAGCAGUAUGAUAAGCAUCUCAUGUCAAGAUGUAAGCCAUUUUCCCUAUGGGCCGAUUAUCACGUAUUCAUUGUAUUCACGAUUGAUUAGACACUGCAUUUAGUGAGCAUCUUCAUUGCAUGCAUACAAGAUCGAACUGAUCCCUUCGCAUCUUCUUUUUCCUCUUUUUUUCUGUCUCCUAAAAAGCGUGACAGCCUUGAGAUAUCAUCAUCGAACUGACCGGCCCUUAGCAUCUUCUUAUUGAUUAUCAGCAUUGAACUUCACUUGGUCAGUCCCAGACACACACCAUAACAGCUUUUCUGUCGCAGUCCUUGCGAUUUGAAUAGUUUUGUGUUGCUUUCCAGUGAUUUCUACCAAAUGAGGGCAAAGCGCACGUGCCCAGGCUUGCAGGUUAAUCUGGAGCUUAUGAGAGAGUGGAUUUUGCUAUGGUUUUUGCCUUGCAUGGCCACCAUCAGAAGUGAGAAGUACACCUUCUGCAAUGUGAAUUCAUCUUCCAAAGAAGCAGCAAAGUGGGCUACGCAUGGAGCAGUUAUCUGUAAAAUGCACCCUCUACAUAUUCAAGCUUACAUACAUGAGUAUCAGUUUCGCAUGGAAUGGCAUUUGAAGC